UGGGCCCUCGGCGCGGACCGCGCAGACUGAAUAAUAAAAGGGGAGCGGCGAAGAGGCAGGAAGACAGGACCAUGUCGAAGGGCCCCGGGCCCGGCGGCUCCGCAGCUUCCUCCGCGCCCCCGGCCGCUACCGCUCAGGUGCUGCAGGCACAGCCCGAGAAACCGCAGCACUACACGUACCUGAAGGAGUUUCGCACAGAGCAGUGCCCACUCUUCGUGCAACACAAAUGUACACAGCAUCGACCCUACACUUGCUUCCACUGGCACUUCGUGAAUCAGCGCCGCCGCCGGUCUAUCCGCCGUCGAGACGGCACCUUCAACUAUAGCCCCGACGUCUACUGCACCAAAUACGACGAGGCCACAGGCCUCUGCCCGGAAGGCGACGAGUGCCCAUUCCUGCACAGGACCACAGGGGACACUGAGCGCAGGUACCACCUUCGUUACUACAAAACUGGAAUCUGCAUUCACGAAACGGACUCAAAAGGCAACUGUACGAAGAACGGCCUGCACUGUGCUUUUGCUCACGGGCCCCAUGACCUCCGCUCCCCUGUCUACGACAUCAGGGAGCUCCAGGCCAUGGAAGCCUUGCAGAAUGGCCAGACUACAGUAGAGGGCAGCAUAGAAGGCCAGUCAGCUGGAGCUGCGAGCCACGCCAUGAUAGAAAAAAUCCUCAGUGAGGAGCCUCGGUGGCAAGAGACCGCUUAUGUGCUGGGCAACUAUAAGACGGAGCCGUGCAAGAAGCCCCCGCGGCUGUGCCGCCAGGGCUAUGCCUGUCCCUACUACCACAACAGCAAGGACCGGCGGCGGAGCCCCCGGAAGCACAAAUACAGGUCGUCUCCAUGUCCUAAUGUCAAACACGGGGAUGAGUGGGGAGAUCCCGGCAAGUGUGAGAAUGGAGAUGCCUGCCAGUAUUGCCACACCCGCACCGAGCAGCAAUUCCACCCGGAGAUUUAUAAAUCCACCAAGUGCAACGACAUGCAGCAGUCAGGCAGCUGUCCCCGAGGACCUUUCUGCGCCUUUGCCCACGUAGAACAACCACCCCUAAGUGAUGACCUACAGCCUUCCUCAGCUAUAUCCAGCCCCACCCAGCCGGCUCCUGUCUUGUACAUGCCAUCUGCCGCUGGAGACUCGGUGCCUGUGAGCCCCUCCAGCCCACAUGCUCCCGACCUCAACACCCUCCUCUGCAGGAAUAGUGGCCUGGGCAGCCCAUCCCACCUCUGUGGCUCUCCACCAGGCUCUGGCAGGAAAGCCCCGAAUCUAGAGGGCCUUGUCUUCCCGGGGGAGUCCAGCCUUGCUCCUGGCAGCUACAAGAAAGCUCCUGGGUUUGAGAGGGAAGAUCAGGUGGGAGCCGAGUACCUGAAAAAUUUCAAGUGCCAGGCUAAACUAAAACCCCACUCACUAGAACCCAGGAGUCAAGAACAGCCUCUGCUUCAACCCAAACAGGACGUGUUGGGCAUCCUUCCUGUGGGCAGCCCUCUGACCUCAAGCAUCUCUUCCAGUAUCACCUCCAGCCUGGCAGCCACUCCCCCCAGCCCUGCAGGCACCAGCAGUACCCCUGGCAUGAAUGCAAAUGCUCUGCCUUUCUACCCCACCAGCGACACGGUAGAGUCGGUCAUAGAGUCUGCCUUGGAUGACCUGGACCUGAAUGAGUUUGGAGUGGCUGCCCUAGAGAAGACUUUUGAUAACAGCACAGUGCCCCACCCUGGCAGCAUCACCAUCGGUGGCAGCUUGCUACAAAGCUCUGCACCCGUGAAUAUCCCUGGCUCCUUGGGCAGUUCAGCCUCCUUCCACUCCGCCUCCCCAUCCCCUCCCGUCAGCCUCUCCUCGCAUUUCCUGCAGCAGCCCCAGGGCCACCUCAGUCAGUCAGAAAACACAUUUUUGGGGACCUCGGCAUCACAUGGAUCUUUAGGUCUGAACGGGAUGAACAGCAGCAUCUGGGAGCAUUUUGCCUCUGGAAGCUUCUCCCCAGGCACUUCUCCUGCCUUCCUAUCAGGGCCAGGGGCUGCUGAGCUGGCCCGGCUUCGGCAAGAGCUAGAUGAAGCCAACGGCACCAUCAAGCAGUGGGAGGAGUCCUGGAAGCAGGCUAAGCAGGCUUGUGAUGCCUGGAAGAAGGAGGCGGAAGAGGCUGGUGAGCGGGCCAGCGCGGCCGGCGCCGAGUGCGAGCUGGCCCGGGAGCAGCGGGACGCACUGGAGGUGCAGGUGAAGAAGCUCCAGGAGGAGCUGGAGCGGCUGCACGCGGGUCCCGACCCCCCAGCCCUGCCCGCCUUCCCCGACCUGGAGGCGCUCUCGCUCUCCACCCUCUACUCCCUCCAGAAGCAGCUUCGGGCCCACCUGGAGCAAGUGGACAAGGCUGUGUUCCACAUGCAGUCGGUGAAAUGCCUUAAGUGUCAGGAGCAGACCCGGGCAGCGUUGCCAUGCCAACACGCGGUGCUGUGCGAGCUCUGUGCCGAGGGCAGUGAGUGUCCAGUCUGCCAACCCAACCGGGCCCACGCCCUUCAGUCGUGACCCCUCGGGCCUGGCCCCGCCGGGCCCGGAUCUUGUCACCUAGGAAUUUUUAAAGUAUAUAUAUAUAUAGAUAUAUAUAUAUAGAUAUAGAUAGAUAAUGUAUGUAUGUACGUAUGUGUAUAUGAUUAUAUGUAUACAUUUAUGUAUGUGAGCGGUGUGCGUGGUAGCCAGCGUGUGCACAGUGUCUGUGUGUAUAUCUGUACAUAGAUAUAGACACACACUUUAAACAGACUUACCAAGCACUUUUUAAAGAAGAAAGACUAUUUUGCAGCCCUCCCCUGCCUACUCCCCACCCUCCCCGCUCAGAGACCAAGUCCUUCUUUUCCCACUGACCUUUUGGCAGAGAAUCUGUUUGUCUCUUUUUUUAAUGUAGGAACUAACUAUUUUUAACUUCUUCCUGGGGCCUGAUUGGGAAAGGGUGGGAAGGAAGGGGAGGGGAGGAAGGAAGACGCCGCCGGGACAUCCGCUCACCCUGCCUCCCCAGGCCAGGGCUGGCGGCGAGAUGCGGAGGCCUCGGGCCCCCGUGCUCAGCUGGGAGGGCUCAGGGAGGCCUGAGGGGGUGCCGGGCGUCCACACGAGCCUGGCUCCUCCACUCACCAAAUGUGCAUGCAGUCCUGGGGACCGCUGCAGGAGCUGGCAGGCCACGGCCGCCGGGCCAGCUCCACUCCCACGUCUGGGCCCUUGAUGCCCCUCAGGGGGCAAGGCCCAGCCGUAUCCCUCAGGUUCUUGAGGCCUGGGUUCCCCUCAGUCCUUUCCUCCUAGUUAGACUACACAGAACAGCGUCCUUGUCCCCGUGACCACCUCCCAGGCUGCCAGUUCCUCCCCGCCCCUGCCUCCUCUCCUCUGAUGGGGCUCCUGGGCGGCCCGCCCUCCCCCCCUCUGGCAGCUAGCAGGGCAAUUGUUGGGGAGGACCAAGGGGGCUCAGGCCCCGCCCUCCUCUUCAGGAGGGGCUCCAUAUGCAUUCCUUGGUGCUCUCUGAGUGCAGCUGACGUCCUGCCGUUCUGGGCAGACGCCUGUGUGCAUGUGUGUGCGUGCCUGUCCAGUGUAUAUUGUGUCUUAGCUUCCAUUUUAAAAAAAUUGUUUUGUACAGAGAGAUGCAGCAGGGUGGGGAGGGCAGAGUGGGCAGAGGAAAAUGGCCUCGCUCCCGGCGCUCGCUGUUGGGCAGGCUAGAGAGGGCUGUCAAGAGUCUGCCCCGGUCCAGGACCCCUUGGGCUCAGCACGAAAGGGCUUUCAAUGAAUUACGUGGAAACUUUCUCCUUUUUUACGAAAAUGCAAAAAUCAAAGCAAACCUAUUGAAAAUAAAAUAUGAACUUGC